AUGGACUCGUUAUUUGAAAAAAAUACAUCUUCCCGAAAAAUCAUCUACUCUCUCAUUAUUGCCUUGCUUAUUCCUAUUCAAUUUGUCUGUUCAAAGGAUCUCUAUCAACAGGUGAUCACCGAGCCCGAUCCCACUGCGCUGUGUGAUUGUGUAGCUCGAAUCCUCCGUUUCCUGCGACACAGCGACCCCUCAGUGUGCAUAAGCAAUGUAGACGAGUCAUUGGAUUACUUUGUAGCCGAAAAACGCACGACCUAUCGCAUCGCAGUGCAAAAUACGCGCAAUGGUCGUCUCGUCGGAGAAUUGGAUGCGCCGUCGAGGGCAAGACUAUUAGAAAAUCUCAUCGAGUCGGUUUAUGACGAGCAACCGGAUUUCACUUUUGCCUCCUCUGCUGGAUUUACUAGCACCGCUGCACCCGGCCGGUCUGGCCAUAGACCAGAAGAUGCCGCCAAGCCUGGAUUUAGCGAUCAACCCAAUGACUCUGAAGACAUACUGCCAGAAGACGUGAACGUGCUUAUAAAAGCUGGACAGGACGCCAAUGGAUGCAGUUACUACUACAUGGAUGGUAUGACUUCCAUAGUUUCCUUUUAA